UGGGGCCAUAACAUUUAAAAGAAGAAGAAUUUUUGUUUAAUUUUUUAAACAUGAUAUCAAGAAAAGGGCAAAAAGCCAUCAAUGAAGGUGUUGUUGGUAAAUAUAUUAAAAAAGACACGCCCCCGGAUCUUCCUAUAAUAAAUGUGUGGACUACGGGUCAUAAUAGAAGGUCGAAAAGCCAUCCAUUUGGUGCGAGUGACGUUGCCUCUCAGAGUCAUGAAAAUAAGUUCGGGAAGUCACAGACGAUGAGCGGGCACGCCGGGAAGUAUACGCCCAGUGAGUCAGUACCCAAUUUAGCGCACAGAUUCGCAAGUCUCUCUACUAGCGACACACCGAGUACUUCGAGUAACUUUAACUCACAGUACCUGCUGGAUUCUAAUUUGGCUUCCCAAUCAACACUGAAUGACAUAGAUGAUUCGUUCAGCAGACAGACAAGCUACAGAUAUUACAGACAACAGCAACAAGAAGAUCCUAUUUAUCAGAAUCAGCAACAGGUACAACAACAAAAACAACAGCAGUAUGGAUCCAGGGAGUCGAGCAUGCCAAGAUUGUCUUCCAACUUGAGCCUCACUCCAAGAUUGCAUCCUCCAUCCCCACAUUCUCUCAGGCUGCAUACUUGCAGUGACUCAUACCCAAGUAGCAGUCGGUCAUCUCCAAUGUACUCUAACUACGUAAACACGUCAGUACUGCCUUAUUCUUCAAAGAGUCAUGGAAGCAGUAUAAUUUCAACCAGCCAAGCUUCAGAGGAAUGUGAUCUUCCUCUACCGCCCGGCUGGUCCAUGGAUCGCACCCUGCGCGGGCGCCGAUACUACAUGGAUCACAAUACGCAGACAACCCAUUGGACGCAUCCGCUCGAGAGUGUACCACAGCCGUGGCAGAGAAUCUCAACGCCGCAUCAUGGCGUUUAUUAUUUCAACGAAAUCACUCAUCAGACAACUUAUGCACACCCUUGUCUAGUGGGUGGAUGCUAUUUAGUCAGCCCUUAUGUUCCUACUCUCGUCCCACCUUAUUUGCUUGAGGAGAUACCACACUGGCUCAUUGUUUAUUCUAAGGCUGACCAAGAGUUGGAUCACAAGUUACGAUGGAACAUGUUCCGUCUGAGUGAGCUGGACUGUUACUCGGACAUGCUAACACGCCUUUACAAACAGGAGCUGCAGUUGAUCGUCAUGAAAUAUGAACAGUACAGAUCAGCGCUAUUGCAAGAGCUGGAGAGAAGGCGGCAUGCAAAGUCUUGCCAGCACACCAAUUAUUAAACUUUACUAGUUUGCCUAAUUGAGCUGUGAUUUUAAUUAGGGAAAAGUGGAGCUGUUUGUAGAUAGAUUAUACUUUUCUAAAACUGUCUUAUUUUCCUUAUUUAGAACAGUUUGCUGAAAAAUGAAAUAUAUAGGUAUAGUUUCUUUUCCACUUAAAUGACAAUACACCCUUGUGGUUUGGUAGACUGACAAAUGUGAUU